UCUGUUAACAUUAAUGGGGCUAGUGGGAGAUAUCUUCUGGGACCGAUUACUUGUUACAGUAUGCUAAUUUUGUUCUGUUUACGAUGAGAUGUGAAAUCGAACUUAACCUGAAUGGAUGGCUAGAUACUGUUUUUUACUCUCAUCAUUGGAUUUCUAUAAUUAUGGAGAAUGUUCAGUUUAGAAUCUUAUAAUUAUAAAUGGUUGUUUAGCACAUGAGUUGCUGAUAGAAGGCUGGUUCUUCUUUCCUUAGAGAUAGAGAGAUGGUGAAAAAAGGAAACAUUGUGCAGUACAGGGAGAGGUUGGACAAGAGCCUCGCCUUACCUGAUCUGACAGAUGAACAGAUACUCAAAACCCUUGUCAAAAGUCAACUCCAACGUUCUUGUUCAAAAGUGGAAAUUGAAGGAUGUAAUGAGAAAUUAGUAGAAACCAAAACCAAGGAGAUAUAUGACUUUCUUAGUAUGUUGAGAAGUGCUUCUGGAGACAAUAGUGCAGGAUCUAGUACAUCACGCUCUGAUUGGAAAUUAAAACAGGAUACUGAAGAUUUUCGAGUUAUGUAUCGCGAAGGACCAGAGGGAACUCCCUUUCAUACAUUGCUAGUUGAAGGCUAUGUGGAUGGGCCUCUAGAUCUCUCUUUGUGCCUUUCAUGGGAGUCCUUCCUCUACAAGAAAUGGUGGCCUCAGUUUACUAUUCCCAGUUUCAAAGUUCUAGUAUCUGAACGUUUGAAGAGGGUCCAGAUUGGAGAACACAUCUCACUUGUUAGGAUGAAGGUUCCAUGGCCCCUAUCUACAAGGGAAGCUAUAGUGCAUUAUUAUCUUUUUGAGUACUUUCAAGAUGACUUAGUAGUUGUUCUUUUGAAUACGGUCUCUGAGUCUACGAGCAUUGACAAUUUCAACAUGGAUGCAAUUCCUGAGGCGAAGGAUGUUGUGAGAAUUGAUUUACUGGGAGGCUAUGCUAUGCAAAAGGUGACAUCAGAAAGAAGUUAUUUUCGGAUAAUAGGAAAUUUGGAUAUAAAGCUGGAUUUUGUGCCUCCAACCCUCAUAAAUUUCAUUUCAAGGCAGCUCAUCGGCAGUGGUUUCAGACUUUAUCAGAAGGCUGUUGCUUCGAUGUUGGGCAACCAUAAAGAUAAAGACAUCAGCAAGGCCUUGGAGGAUCCAUUGUAUGUUAGAAUACGCGAAGCUUUGGUAAUUGGAGAAGAGCUUAAGCAAGAUGCAAGCUUUGUUCCAGCUGAAGGACUUAUUCAAAGUGAGCAAAAUGGGGUAAAAGAUAAAGAUAUAUCCUGUGAGUAUAUGAGCAACCAACGUGCAGGUGGUGAAGAAGAUGUAGAAGCAGGUUGUGAAGAGAUUGUACGAGUUGAGGAAGAUGUUAACAAGGUACUUGAAGUUCCAUUUGAGGAAGGUGAUUCAUUGAGUGUGCUGAUCAAUGGUGAGAUUGAAGCAGAUAAUGAAGAGAUUGAGAAGGAAAUGAUCAGAGUGAGUGAGAUUCCAACUGAGAAAAAGGACUCAGGGAGUGUACUGAAGGAUAAGAUGAAUGGACAUGUACGCUCAGAUGUGAGAAGGGCUCUAGAAACAAUAGAGAGGGUUAUUUCAACGGUUAAGGAACAUGGAUUUCAUUCUCGAAUGCCUACUUCAAACUCUGCAAAACCUAUUCCAGUAUGUUUGAAAGAGGAGGAUAGUGUCAAAGAAUCAAGCAGCAAUAUACGAGAGGAAACUUCAGAAGAAUCUGGGACGAUACAAAGCUUAAGGCAGACAGAAAUAAAUCCAAACUUGAAGGAAGUUAACCAUAAGAAAGUAGCACCAGCUUCAGCAGACCAUAAUCUUUCAAGACCAGUGGAAGUGAACCAGAUUGAUUCAUAUUCUUUGAAAAAUGGGACAACAGUCCAAGAUAUAAGUUCAGAGGACAUGAAAAAAUCAACCAGGGAGAUAAGAAGGCAGAACCCAAAACGCAGCGUUCGAAGUCGGAGUCUUGGGGAACAAGUUGCAAAGGCAACCAUAAAGAAAGGGAAUCUUGGUGCUCAAACUGUAAAGGCGAAAAUGGGCUGGGUUUGGAGCGAUGACAACAGCGACGAUCUUCGACGCGAUAUCUCGUCGGAAGGGUGCUCCACCACGAGGGUCGUCAAAGCUCAAUGCAGAACAGAGGAGGUCGAAUCUGGAAAGUUCGUCAGAAAGUGCGAGAAAACAGAAGAGCUUCUCAGGAAUUGCAUCGGAAAGCCUGUUGAAGUAUUGCAAUCUAACAAAGAGUAUACCGAAGAGGAUAUAACAGACGAGGUACUUAAAGGAAGGUCUGUUCCAUCUAGCUCAUCAGACCGUGGUGUGUUUGACUUCCCAGGGCUACGAAAUGAUAUCGAAGUCAUGGAACGUAACCUUUUCCAUGGUCUUAGUCGUUUCCUGGAAUCAGCUGAAGAAAUGACGAAUGACUUUUUUGAUGUUUUUGGUAAGUCUCCAAGGAUCUUCGAUGCAGAGUCGUCUUCACCCUCUGUGAAGCGAGAGAUCCCUAUUGCAAGUCGCCCAGAAGCUUAUCCUAAAACCCAGCAGAAGGAAUCAGGAGAUACUGAUUAUGUUUCAGUCGCUCAAGAUGUUUAAACUUUGAACGUCGACAUCUGGACCACAACCAAGACCUGUAAUAACAUUUUUCUCUGCAUCUUUGGAUCUGUUUAACUUGUUUUAUUUUGUUUUAAGCUGUGACACAUGGAACGUAUGACCAAUUUGUUAUCUUUUCACUCAAAUAUAGCCAAUACGAAUGAAAACAAAUCCAGUUUUAGACAAA